AUGAGAGGUAUCAAGGGCCUCGUCUGGGAAGGUUCCGUCUUGGACCCCAUUGAAGGGAUCAGAUUCAGAGGCAGAACCAUCCCCGACAUCCAAAAGGAAUUGCCCAAGGCCGAAGGUGGUGAAGAACCUUUGCCCGAAGCCUUGUUCUGGUUGUUGGUCACCGGCGAAGUCCCCUCCGUCGCCCAAACCAAGGCCUUCUCUGAAGAAUUGGCCGCCAGAUCGGCUUUGCCCAAGCACGUCGAAGAAUUGAUCGACCGGUGCCCCUCGAACUUGCACCCCAUGGCUCAAUUCUCGAUCGCCGUGAACGCUUUGGAAUCGGAAUCGCAAUUCGCCAAGGCUUACGCCAAGGGUGUCCACAAGUCGGAAUACUGGAAGUACACCUACGAAGACUCGAUCGAAUUGUUGGCUAAGUUGCCCAACAUUGCCGCCAGAAUCUACAGAAACGUCUUCCACGACGGCAAGUUGCCCGCCUCGAUCGACCCCAAGAAGGACUACGGUGCCAACUUGGCCUCCCUUUUGGGUUUCGGUGGCAACUCGGAAUUCGUUGAAUUGAUGAGAUUGUACUUGACCAUCCACUCCGACCACGAAGGUGGUAACGUCUCCGCCCACACCACCCACUUGGUUGGUUCGGCCUUGUCGUCGCCUUUCCUCUCGUUGGCCGCUGGUCUUAACGGUUUGGCCGGUCCCUUGCACGGUAGAGCCAACCAAGAAGUCUUGGAAUGGUUGUUCAAGAUGAGAGAAGAACUCAAGGGUGACUACUCUAAGGAAAACAUCGAAAAGUACUUGUGGGAAACCUUGAACGCCGGCAGAGUCGUUCCUGGUUACGGUCACGCCGUCUUGAGAAAGACCGACCCCAGAUACACCGCCCAAAGAGAAUUCGCUCUUAAGCACAUGCCCGACUACGAAUUGUUCAAGUUGGUCUCGAACAUCUACGAAGUCGCCCCCGGCGUGUUGACCAAGCACGGUAAGACUAAGAACCCCUGGCCCAAUGUGGACUCGCACUCGGGUGUCCUUCUUCAAUACUACGGCUUGACCGAAGAAUCGUUCUACACCGUCUUGUUCGGUGUCUCGAGAGCCUUCGGUGUCUUGCCUCAAUUGAUCAUCGACAGAGGUGUUGGUAUGCCCAUUGAAAGACCCAAGUCGUUCUCCACCGAAAAGUACAUGGAAUUGGUGAAGAACAUCGCCAAGAACUAG